AUGGCAACAUCAGACAAUGUCGAGACAUACGCAAAGCCCUUCUGUGACUUCUUGACCAACAACCCCACCGUCUUCCACGCCGUCGACGACAUGGCUCAAGGCCUCAAGCGCGAUGGCUUCACCAAGCUGAGUGAGAGAGACUCGUGGCGUAUCGAGGCUGGCGGCAAGUACUUUGUCGAGCGUAACGGCAGCAGUUUGAUCGCCUUUGUCGUUGGUGAUGAUUACAAGUCUGGCAAUGGUGCUGCCGUUCUCGCUGGUCAUGUUGAUGCUCUCACCGCUAAGCUGAAGCCUGUCAGCAAGGUGCCUAACAAGGCUGGCUAUGUAGAGCUGGGCGUUGCCCCCUACGCCGGUGGUUUGGGACCCACAUGGUGGGACAGAGACCUCAGUAUCGGCGGACGAGUGCUUGUAAAAGAAGGGAACAAGAUCGCCACAAAGUUGGUCAAGCUCGGCUGGCCCAUCGCUAAGAUCCCCACACUUGCUCCUCACUUCGGCGCUCCUGCAAACGGCCCUUUCAACCUCGAGACGCAAGUUGUGCCAAUCAUUGGUCUGGAGUCGUCGGCAAAGAGCCAGAUUGAGACCCAAGGAAAGGUUGGCUCUUUCGCUGCCACUCAGCCCCCUCGUCUUGUUCGCGCUAUUACGAAGGAACUCGGCGUCAGCGAUGCCUCAAGUAUCGUCAACUGGGAACUUGAGCUGUUUGAUCUCCAACCAGCUACUCUUGCUGGCCUCGACAAGGAGUUCAUCACCGCCGGUCGUAUCGACGACAAGCUGUGCAGUUGGGCCGCACUCGAGGCUUUGAAGCAGAGCGCCCGCAACGGUACCUCUGGCUCUGGUAUUAUCAAGAUGGUCGGUCUCUUCGAUGAUGAGGAAAUUGGCAGUGGCUUAAGGCAAGGUGCCCGCGGUAACUUCCUCCCCAUUGUCAUGGAGCGUGCAGUCGGCAGUCUCGCAGGCCAACAUCCCGCCUCGGACCUCAUGGGCCGUACAUACGCAAACUCCUUCCUCGUCUCGUCAGACGUUACCCAUGCCGUCAACCCCAACUUCGAGAACGUAUACCUCGCCAACCACGCUCCUGAACUCAAUGUUGGUGUCGUAGUUUCAGCAGACAGCAACGGCCACAUGACCACAGAUGGUGUGUCGACCGCCAUCUUCACUCGCUGCGCCGAAAAGGUCAACGCUACCCUCCAAGUCUUCCAGAUCAGAAACGACUCGAGGUCAGGCGGCACCGUUGGACCUAUGCUCAGUUGCGCUACUGGUAUGCGUGCUAUUGAUGCCGGCAUUCCACAACUGAGCAUGCACAGUAUUCGUGCCACGACCGGUACUUCGGAUCCCGGUCUUGGUGUUCAGAUGUUCCAAGGCUUCCUUGAUGGCUUCGAGUCUGUCGACGCCGAGUUCAGGGACUAG